GCAAUUUCUACCGACCAUCAGCUGAAGAGAUGACACCUGAAUUCUUAAACAGGGUGCGGUGUUAAAGAAUCUGCUUCCACAAUGGAGGAAAUCAUGAUUGAAGAUUCAUUUGUGGACUUUUACUGCGAAGAAGAAGAGGAUCCUGCAUCUACAACAUGUGCUGACUGUGAGAGUGACAACCAUGAAACUAGAACAGAUGGCAAAGAAACCUACCUUGAGGGCAUUUUGGAGAAUCUGGGGUUGGAGCAGUACCACAGAGAGAAGCUAUCAUUCAGCAAAAUACUUGGGAUCGAUGAGAAGACAAUUACUGAUGACCCUGGAGAGUAUAAAUCAAAUGUCCCAAUGUAUUUUCUUAAGAAAUUGAUGAUGAUUAAUGUGACUGCUAGGAAUAUAAAAGGUGCAUCAAGUGCCGCAAACUUAUCUCCUUCUGAAUCAAACGUUAAUGAUGCAGCAGACACUCCAGAGGACAAUUUUGAUGAUCUAUUUGACAGCCCGAUUACAGCUGACAUGUUUAAUCCUCUUGACAUCAUCACUGCUCUCUUUCUGUGUUCUGAUGGGUUUGUUCAGCAAGAGUUAGCACUAAAAAUGUCCAUGUGUCAGUUCUCUAUUCCUCUGCUGCUUCCUAACUGUGAUACAAAACAGUGCACCCUCAUGCUGUGGGCCAUGAGAGACAUUGUUAAGAAGUACAGGCUUCCAGAUCUGUCAGAAUCAAAGGGCUUCAAUGAAGAAAGAAUCGUUCUUUCUGAGCUUCCAAUGAUCUCAUUUGUGAGACUGGGCAAAUGCUCCUUAUCCAAGUCAGAGAUCCUCAAUAAACUUCUGAGUAACUCGGAGCAGUACCAUGACACCUUUGUUCACCGCAACAUGGAGUAUGGCGACAGUCCAAGAAAAAUAUCUGAUGGACUGACUGAAAUUACCUGGUACCUGCCCUAUGGGAACAAAAACAUGGACAUUUUCAGUGAGCCAGUUGCUAUUGCUAACCUUCAUGGUGACAUUGCUUCAUAUGAAACACAAUUCUCCUUUUUGUGUCAGACAUCUGCUGCAGUUUUUGUGUUUUUUGAUCAGCUGGAGCCUGAGUGCAAACUGAUACCCAACCAAAACCAAAAAACAAAUAUAUUUUUGGUGGGAAACCAAAAGAACGAGAGCCUUACUCCAGAUGUUCUAAAGAAAAUAGCCAACAAGCUGAACUUGACGAAGAACAACAUCAUUAUAAAAACAAAACAGACAAAUGAUGGUCACUUUGUCAAAUGUUUGAGAAAAGCUGUGAGCAGUGUACUUACCAACCCAGGGUUGAAGAUGUCAAUAGAGCAGAUGGCGAUCAUUGCUAAUGAACUGGGAAUUUCUGUUGAUGAAGAUUCCCCAGAGUGCCAGGCUGGAAAGAAACAUGCAGAAUCCAUCACUGCAGGGAUUGAAGACACCUUUAAAUUCAAAGAAAAACAGUUUCCUUUGCAAGGCCAAAUCUGGAAGGAAUUGACUUUCUUGGAAAAGGAAGAAUUCCGUCUUCGAAAACUUGGUUCUGAAAACAUCGAAAACUACAAGAGUGAUAUUAAAAUAAAAAAAGAAGAACAGCGUAAGAAACAGAACUCCUAUGGUAUGUCAGAGGUAAUGCGACACUUCAUUAGUGGAAUAUCCAGUAAGGAAAGGGGUUAUUUUUUAAAAUGGAUGCGAAUGAACCUUGAUAACCUGUCUCAAAUAAAACUUUGCGGCCUUAGGGAGCUUUACAAGGAAAAAUGCAAGGACUCUGAGAACAAACAGGAGAUUAAGGAAAUCGACCAACAACUUUCCAAAAGCACACUGGGAACUGAGCACUUCUUCCGUGAAAUGGGUCAGAUGUACGAAGCUUCUCUUUACCUUCCAGGAACAGACCCAUCACGUCAACAACUGCAACAUCUGCCCAAACUCUGUGCUCAGUUGUUGCUGGAUGGAUUUUUUCUUGAGCUUGUAGAUGGAGAUGCUUCCAACAUACCUCUCAGAUGGGUGAGUGACGUUCUCUCUCAGCUCAAUGAUUUGGUGUCUCCAAAUAACAAGAUACUGGUUGUCACAGUUCUUGGAGUUCAGAGCACGGGAAAAUCCACUCUCCUUAACACCAUGUUUGGGGUACAGUUUGCAGUCAGCAGUGGUCGAUGCACUCGAGGAGCCUUCAUGCUGCUCAUCAAAGUCAGUGAGGACUUCAAAAACGAUCUGAACUGUGACUUUGUGGUGAUCAUUGACACUGAAGGCUUAAAGUCACCAGAGCUGGCACAGCUGGAUAACAGCCAUGAACAUGACAAUGAGCUGGCAACACUGGUUGUUGGGCUGAGUGACGUCACCAUUAUCAAUAUUGCGAUGGAGAAUUUAACAGAAAUGAAAGACAUCCUGCAGAUAGUGGUGCAUGCUUUCCUCAGGAUGAAGGAGGUCGGCAAAAAGCAUAAAUGUCAGUUUGUUCACCAGAAUGUUUCUGAUGUUUCAGCCCAUGAGAAGAACCUACGAGGCAGGAAGCUGCUCCUAGAACAGCUGAAUGAGAUGACCCAGGCAGCAGCUAAAAUGGAAAAGAAAAUGGAGAACAAGAACUUCACUGAUGUGAUGGAGUACAAUCCAGAUACUGGGAACUGCUACAUUCCUGGACUCUGGAAUGGAAACCCACCAAUGGCACCAGUCAAUGUGGGAUACAGUGAGACUGUCUAUGAGCUCAAAAAAAAUAUAAUCCAAGUGCUGGGACAGUGUCAGUCAACUUCUAACAACAUCUCGGAGUUCAGGGAGUGGAUAAACAGUUUGUGGACUGCAAUAAAACAUGAAAACUUCAUCUUCAGCUUCAGAAACAGCCUGGUAGCCGAUGCAUACAUGAGGCUCUGCACAGAGUACAACAAAUGGGAGUGGGAGUUCAAAAAAGAAAUGUAUACCUGGGUUACCGAUGCAGAGACACAAAUUUCCAAUUUUGGGACAGUUGCGGCAAAAACUGAAUUAUCUGACCUGAGAGAAUACAUGACUCUGUUGAAAAUUGAAGCAGCGUCAGAGUUGACCAAGUGGGAGUCAAUGAUUCUGGAGAACUUGAAAAAAUACUUUGAGCAGCCAGAAGGUCAUGUUUAUUUGGUCGAAGGAUAUAGAGAGGAGUUCACAAAUAGCAUAAAAAGUCUGCGACGGCAAACUGAGAGCUCAGUGUUUAACCAGCUCACAGCAGCGAUUGACAUAAAACAGGGACUGAAAGAACUCAACAAAAUCAGAGCCACUUAUACAGAAAAAAUAGAAAAAUCAGUUCAUGUUUUAAUUGAUGAAUGUCGGAAGAAAAAAGUAAAUAUGACAGAUGGAGAACUUGAUGAGAGUUUUAAUAAGAUGUGGGCUGAAACCCUGCAUACCUUGUCUUUCUUUGCACAACAGACUUUAAAUGUUUUCACCAGUGUUUCCCUUCAGUUGCGAAAAAACAUUUCACCCAAGGGAAGCCAUGCAUGUAAACUGCUGAGUGAAAAAAGCCUCCAGGACUGUGGACUGGAGCCUUUUACAUACACACCUAAAGGACAGAGUGAGAAAAUCCAACACAGACUAUCAGGAUGGUUGCCCUGGAAAGAUGCUGUAAAGGCAAAACAAGAAAUCGCUGACAGCAUCACAUCUGCUUGCAAUGACUGUGUUGGUAAUAAAGUCAUCAGAAAAACGAAUUAUCAUGAUACUUACAUCCAGGAGAUCCUUCACAUCAUUGAUGAGAGGCUUAACAAGACUGAUGCUGACACGGACAUUGUGUUUCAAGUGUAUCUGAAACAGCACAUCUGUGGCUCUGCAGCCAGGGAGUUUCAGAAAAUGCAUGACGAUUUUAUAGAAGAAAAUGAUCCUUACAGAUGUCUGCAGAAAAACAAAGACAAGUUUUGUGCAGAUUUCAAAGAUGUGUUCAAUGAGCGAGACCAAUGCCAGAAGAAAGCUGAAGAAUUCACCGACCAGUGUCUAAAACCGGCUGUGGAGGACUUUGUGUAUCGUUCUCUUGGUCUUGAUAUUGUUGAUAAAAUGCUGACAAGAGAGGAGUUCAGCACACGAAUGUCCUUUCAGUAUUCAAUUUUAUUUAAUCUAAUUUCAAAAAGGGAUUUCAAAAGCUUUCAGAGCUAUAUUUUUUCAUAUGAAGAUUUUGUAAAACAAUGGAUAUCUGAUAGAAUUAAGGAGAGUUUCUCCUCUGAGUCAGCAUUGUGUGAGUUUGAGGACAGACAUCUUCAGUCCUGCAUUGACCGCAUAAAUGCUGCCAUUGGAAAGGCAAAAGCAGAAAAGACUGACAGUCUGAAGACAUUUGUGGAAAAUAUCUGCAAAGAACUUGGUGAUAAACUGGUCAUUUCCCAGGAAGCUCUUGAUUCCUUCAUGGUUCUGAACAAAGCUGACCAGGACCAGUUUGCUCACUGGCUCAACAAGUGUGUGAUGGAAAUGAAAGAAGAUCUUAGAAACAAGUUUAAAGACAUUCCAUUUGAAAGAAAACUCACACAUCUCCGUGUAAAACCCCAGAAUGAGCUUUUCAACAGAGUGAUUGGUUGUGGCAAACAGUGUCCAUUCUGCAGAGUACCCUGUGACGCAGGUGGAGAAGCCCACACUCAACACUUUGCUUCCCUGCAUAGACCAAAUGGUUUAGGUAGAUACAGGUGGACAUACUCCAAAAAACUCUGUACUAACAUCUGCUCUUCUCUUGUUAUCAGUGACAUACGUUUUUGCUGCGGUGAAACAAAUGACCAAUCCCACCCUUACAAAGAAUAUAGGAAGAUUUUCCCAGACUGGGAUAUUCGUCCAGAUGGAAGCCUUGAGGCAUCAGAUUAUUGGAAAUACAUAUUAAAAAAGUACAACAAGAAAUUUGCUAAAGCAUAUAAAGCAAAGCCGGCUGAUAUUCCUACUUGUUGGAAGAAAAUGACAAACGAACGAGCAAAGGAAAGUCUCAAGAAGGCAUUCAACAUCAAGUGAAAUCAUAGCACAUUUCUAGUUGAAAGAGAGGAGAGGACAAAAGAACAAGGUUCUUGCAUGUAGAGCAUUUUUAUAUUUAUAUUUUUAGCUUUUUUCUAUGAAAGCCCCCAUAAUUUACAAUUAGGGUUUAUAUCUUUAACUAAAGAAAAAAAUAAUUGCUAAAGCCUAUUUUUCUAAAGCUCCUUAUUUUCUUAUUACUAAUCAUUUAUUUUUUUAUAGUUCUAUCUUUAUUUUAUCAUAACUUUUGUUAAAGUAUGUUGUCAGUAAACAUCUACACUCCUGUUAAGGAAUAUUCUGAAUGAGGAAUGGAUCCUUUAAGUGUGCAUGGGGAUUUUUAGAGUAAACUAAUUGUUCAAAGUUAACGACUCAUUACAAUCAAAUGUCUGCUGUCUUUAGAUGAUGUUUCAGCAGGAGGGGUUACUGCAGUCAGUCACUUGAUGUACUCUGCUGAGUUUCCUUAGAUAGAAAACCUUUUGCUAAAUGAAAUACUAAACUGAACCUUACUGUACUGAUUUAUAAGUGGGAUCAAAUUGGAACGUCUGAUUAAUGUUGAAUCCAUCUGUUUGAUCAGCAUUAUUUCAAAUUA